GGGUAGGGGGAGGGAGCACAGGCACCAUAACAAACACACGUGCACUCUGCCCUGGGAUUUGGGCGCGCCGCAAGCCUUGUCCAGCCGUCCUUUGGGGUCGGGCCAUUGUCUGUGCGGCGCGGAAGCCAGCGGCGUUGCUGGCAUCUCUUGCUAGAGGAGCGCGAGGAGGACGUUCGAAAAGGUACCACUGGGGCACCAGACUCAACAGCCACACUUCAAAGGGGCAAAGCGAAACAAGAACGCAGUUACAAAAGAGGUUGCCCAAGCGGGGAGAGUGUGUCCUCGACCGUGGCGCUUUCCUCGGCGGGAGAUGGAUCAACUCCUCGCCUCCACCUCUAGGAGGAUUGGUAGAGGUGUGCGUGAACUUGAAGGGUCUCUGUCCCCAGCCCCCAGCCCCCAAAGGAGCGUGCCCGGCACACCAUUGUCCCCGCGCUCUGGCCACUGCCUGAGCUGGGAGACGGCGAGCGCCUCCCCAGCCUGCAGGAGGAACAGCGCCCAGUGCGGUCUUGGGUGUCGCCUGCGCCUAGCCGGGCAGGGCUAGAGCCAGUUGAGCACAGUUUGGCUGCAAGAACCUGGAGAGAAGUAGUGGACGUUACUGAGCCCAGCUGAAAUGUACCGGCCCUUGGGAGCCUCUCCCAAGUCCUGGUGCCAGAUCUCCAGUCCAGCACUGAGAUGUUUUUGGAUCAUCCUGAGAGAAAUGAGCCUUGGCCUCCAGAUCCAGUAACGAGAACCUGUCUCCCAUGGAAAGUUGUGCUACUUCCUGAGGACCAGGAGGGCCUGCAGCCCACAGGGAAAUAAAUCGCCCAGAGCAGGCUCAUUCUCCUGCUCAGAACGGAGUGGCUUUCCCCAACACAUCUUUCAUUAUGAUCCAUACCAACCUGAAGAAAAAGUUGAGCUUCUUUUUCCUGGUUUUUCUCCUGUUUGCUCUCUUCUGUACGUGGAAAGAAAAGAAGAAAGGAAAUUACUAUGAUUUUCUUAAGUUGCAAACCAAGGUCCAAGUGCUGAACAAUCUGGAGAAACUGGCUCUGGGGUCUGGCUCCCAGGCUGCAUCUUUAAGUAACACCCAAAACCCCCUCAGGAGUGGCCAGACCCUUAAUAGUCCCAAGGGCUCUGCCAAGGCCAAACCAGAGGCUGCUUUUCAGGUGUGGAACAAGGACAGCUCAUCCAAAAACCUUAUCCCCAGGCUGCAAAAGAUCUGGAAGAAUUAUCUGACCAUGAAUAAGUACAAUGUGUCCUACAAGGGCCCGGGGCCAGGCGUGAAAUUCAGUCCCAAGGCCCUUCGCUGCCAUCUCCGGGACCACGUGAACGUAUCCAUGGUGGAGGCCACAGAUUUUCCCUUCAACACGUCUGAAUGGGAGGGUUACCUGCCCAAGGAGAACAUCAAGACCAAAGCUGGGCCAUGGGGCAGGUGUGCUGUGGUCUCGUCAGCAGGAUCUCUGAAAGCCUCCCAGCUGGGCCGAGAAAUAGAUGGUCAUGAUGCAGUUCUGAGAUUUAAUGGGGCACCCACAGCUGGCUACCAACAAGAUGUGGGCACAAAAACUACCAUUCGCCUGAUGAACUCUCAGCUGGUCACCACUGACGGGCGCUUCCUCAAAGACAGUUUGUACAAGGAAGGCAUCCUAAUUGUGUGGGACCCCUCUGUGUACCAUGCAGACAUCCCAAAGUGGUACCAGAACCCUGACUACAAUUUCUUCAAUAACUAUAAGAGAUAUCGCAAUCUGCACCCCAGCCAGCCAUUUUAUAUCCUCAAGCCCCAGAUGCCUUGGGAACUGUGGGACAUCCUGCAAGAAAUCUCCCCAGAAGAAAUUCAGCCAAACCCCCCAUCCUCUGGCAUGCUUGGUAUCUUCAUCAUGCUGACGCUGUGUGACCAGGUGGAUAUUUAUGAGUUCCUCCCAUCCAAGCGCAAGACUGACGUGUGCUAUUACUACCACAAGUUCUUUGACAGCGCCUGCACCUUGGGGGCCUACCACCCACUCCUCUUUGAGAAAAACUUAGUGAAGCAUCUCAAUGAGGGCACAGAUGAGGACAUUUACCUGUAUGGUAAAGCCACACUGCGUGGCUUCCAGAGUACUCACUGCUGAGACAGGGAAAGAGGACAGAUCCUCUUUUUUUCUCCUUCAUUAGGCAUUGUAUGACUGGUUUGGUGAUCAUACUAGCCUACGAAGACAUUUUCCUGGGCUGUCCGAACCUCCUGUUUUGCCCUCUAGGGGUCUCUGUCAGCAAGAGCCUGGGAUUUUAGGAACCUGGGGGAAGGAACCAGGUGUGAUCUUCCCAGUAGGCACAGGGAGUGAGCAAGCCUCACCCACUUCCUGUUCAUACUGAUGAGCCAACAUUCUCUCCAAACAUCAGCCUCCCCUCUUUCCACAUUGGUGGAGGCAAGACCUGCCCUCCCUCUUUCUGCCAAGACUGCCAAGGCUGGCCUUUGUUUUGCCUUGUUCAAAUGAUGUCAUGCUUGCAAACCAGUGCUCUGUGUGGCCAGGAGUCAGCACCUAGAUAUUGAUUUCAUGUAAAAGAGCCUUCACAAAUUAUGAAUGUGUCAAAUAUAGGCUGACUCUGCAGAGCAAGUAAGUAACACAGAGUAUUAGACAUAUGCCUGAUUGUUUCAGAGCAAAGUUGCUGCCAGUGUCCUUGCCCAUAACGCUUGUUUCUAUCACUCUAGGGAUAGUUGGGUUGGUCCCUAGCCUGUGUGCUUAUGUGCAAAUGAUUUUGAUGGGCUCUACUUCACUCUCAGGUGGAGAAAAAAAGUUUAGAAAGAUACAACUCCAGUCCUGGAGUUCUUCACAGCUGAAUGGAAGAGAAUGACAUGUAUGCAGGCUUUUGAGAUUCAGUGGACUUAAUGUAUGUGGGCAUGUAGACAAAAGGUUGUGUCUAUGGAUUAUAGAGGGCUUCAGAGGACUAGACCAUAAAGUGAGUCAUAGAGAAAGAGAGAAAUACAUCAAGCAGGUUUUGACUUACUUGAACUGUACUUUCCCUUCUUCCUUUAUCAACUACAUUAUUGUAAGAGGCUUGUCUGGGCUUGUUCUUGGAGGUCAUAGCCAGUCCUCACAAGGUGAGAAGUUACUGCAUGCAUGUUCCUGGAGGUUGCUGGCAGCAUGUAGUGGCAUUGACAUGUCUUCCACUUGUACAGUAAGAGAGCAUCACCAAGAUUCUCAAGAGGCUAGCCCACUAUGGUUGGCAGAUGUGAUUCUCAAAUGAUUUUACUAAGUCCUCUUCCCACAGUAGAUCCGUUACAGCCCUGGCAUGGAAAGGUUAAACAACUUACUCAGGGUUACAGAGUAGAGCAAGUCCAGGAU